AUGUGUCGAUGUGAUGCGGCAUUAUUCAAGGUUUACUUGGACCUGAGAGUGAAAAAGUCGAGAAUCAAGAAAGAGUCCACCAUUGCGUUAUACUGGAAACGAUUGAGCCAGGUCUACGCACAGAAAAGUGCUAAGUGGAUGACCGAAAGCGUUCUUUUCGAUAUUCGAAAUUACGGCUUGGACACAUCCAAAAAAGAAAAAUCCGGCAUCUUCAUCGACGACCUGGCCAUCAUGCUGAACCACCUUUGGAUCCGCGACGAGGAGAUUUUUACUCACGAGCGACUCCGAGUCCAGUUAUCGGCCAAUUUGAUCCUGGCAGGCGCUACGGCGACCCGACCGGGAGCCUUGAUUGGGCAGCUGCUCUACGAGAACUUAGAGUUCCAAGUGUUUCCUCCGAGCACAUCAAGCGGACAGCGGGAGCUCAGAGCCAAAAGAUUCGCCUUCCGCGAAGAUGAUUUGCUCUUGUACGACCCGCUGAUCCCGAUGAUGGCUCUGCUCGAAUGGUAUGACCUUCGCCGAGGGUCUGGCAAAAAACUAAACGAAGCGCUCACGCCAGAGGAGAGAAACAAAAUCAUGGGACAUCGAAAGGGAGAUUCGAGCACUUACUUGCAAUAUUACAUGUCGAACUUCAUUGACGUGGAUUGCCAGUCAAUCUGCUUCGGCACAGCCCCGCAACACGACCUUGUGCAGUUAGCCGCCCGCCUUCGCCGCCAUGACGGCGCUCCAAAGAACUGA